ACAUCAGCCUCAUUGAGAACAUCAAGACGAGCUUCAUAGCAGACGACUGUGCUGAAGCCAAAGACGUGAAAACUAAACCUCCAUCAUCAGACCUGAACCUCCAGGAGGGCCUGAGGAGCCUGCAGACUGAAGGACACAGCCUGAACUCAGAAGAGAAUCAGACCUGUAGAACAACUAGACCCAGAGCUUUGACUCCAGGAAGACGAGACAGUCAUCAUGUGGUUCACCUCCAAAGCAACGGCUGCCUGUGCACUGAUGGUGCUGAUGGUGCUGGUGAUGAAGGAGACAGCAGCUCGGUCGACUGCUGACAGCCAUUCAAAACACUUGGCAAAGACACACAAGUCCUCGGACCUUUCUGAUGGUGCGGAGUCAGAUUUUGUCGCUCUGGAGCUCGAUCCAAAAGCUCUGCAUCUGCCAAAGCACAUCCGGCCAGUGGAGAACGUCUCCAUCUCCCCAUGGACGUACAACAUCUCGAAAGAUGACUCUAUGUUCCCACCGGUAAUGUCGGAAGCUCGUUGUCUGCUGAACGGCUGCCUAGACUCAGAGGGCGUGGAGGAUCUGAAUCUGGAAUCAAGACCUAUCUUCCAUCAGGUGUUGGUGCUGAGGCGUGUCAAGCCAGCGAGUGUAGGACACAGUUAUCACUACCGGCUGGAGUCCCGCCUCAUUACAGUGGGAUGCACCUGUGUCCGCGUCAGCAUCCACCAGCAUCACUGAGAGAUCAUCAGUGGGG